AAUUUCCCAAUCAAAAUGUGUUACGGCGGUCAACGAUUACCGUCAAAAGACGACUUAACCGACCCGACCCGCCGGGCCCGAACUUUACCGGCGGCGAACGAGAACGCUGUGGUAGUUGAAAACCUCCGGGACCGGUUAGCUGAGACAGAGGCGCGGUUAGAGCGAGCUAGGGCUCGGGAAGCGGAGCUGAGCCGACAGCUGGAGGAGAUGAAGAGGUACGUCUGCGUUAUGGAAAUUCUGGAAUGUUACCUCAAGCACCGAUACAGAGAACAGCAAGUCAGAACCCUAGCAGUGGUAAAUUCGAAGUAAAGAUGAUUUAUGUGGUUAAUGGAUUCUUAGGGUUUCAUGCUUUAUGUAAUCAUGUGUGUUGUAAUUGUAUAUUCUUCAGUGUGAUAUAGAAUUGGUAAUCAUUUGAACUUGAAAUACUCUUCAAUUUUAUUGUUCUAUGUGUUAAGCUUGGUGUUAAUCUGGAUUAUAAAUUUC